GUGAGCGGAUUAUAGCAGAGCCUGGGAUCAUUGACGGGAUCUAAACUUCAGGAGGGAAUCCCCGAGUGUCACCCACAGACAUGCUUCUGGAGCGCGACGACAGCUUCAUGUCUGAGUUCGAGGACGCCUGCAGCGCCUGGGUGGACAGUGUGGGUUCGAGUCCCAGCGACGGAGCCGAGUCCGACGUCGGAUCUCCUUUCUGCCAAGCUCUCUCUCCGGGAACCGACGCCUCUGACUCAGAUUUCUUCUCCGACUUGAGCGACUGCUCCUCGGACGCGCUCUCGCCCUCCCUCAGCUACAGCGGCAGCUUCUUCACCGAGGCGGAGUUGGCGCCGGCGGCAACAGGUCUGAGCAGCGCGACGGACGCCAUCCUCAACAUGAUCACGGAAAUCGUCGGGAUCUGCACCGAGAUGGAGCAGCAGGGCGACGCAUCCACGCCCGCCGCCUCCGCCUCCUCCGCUCCCGACCCCGCCGCGUUGCAGCCGGUGCUGGUGGUGAAGAGCGAGUUUGGAGGCCACAGCUGCUGCGGACAGGCCCGGCAGGACGCGCUCCAGCCGGGGAGCAGCGACCCCCUCCUCCCGCUGCCCGCCCUGGAACAACAGGUGGAUGUGAGCGACUUGAUCGAUUCCCUGCUCGGCGUUGAGGCCGCUCAGAGUGAGCUGAAGGCCGGAGCCAAGCAGAAGCCGCUGGCUCUGGACGACUGGCUCAAGAGCGUGGCUGCAGCACCUGUUGCAGGGGGAGAUUCCGGCAGCUACGUCAUCAGCCGGCCGGUCGUCAAGACGGAGCCCGUUCAGAGCGGGAUCGACCUCCACUUCCCCUCCUCCCCCGCCCUCCCCUCCACCUUGGACGCGCAUCUUCUCUCCUCCCUCCUGCAGGGGGCGUUCCCCAUCAUGAACAUCAGCACUGCGCAGGCGCCGGCCGGAGCCCCCAAGCAGCAGCGCGGGGGCCGCCGAGCUCCCGCCAAGGCGAAGGCGUUUCCUUGUCACGUGCACGGCUGCGAGCGUCGCUUCUCGCGCUCGGACGAGCUGAACAGGCACGUGCGCAUCCACACCGGACAGAAGCCGUUCCAGUGCAGCAUCUGCGCGCGCAGCUUCAGCCGCAGCGACCACCUGACCACGCACACGCGCACGCACACCGGGGAGAAGCCGUUCUCGUGCGACGUGUGCGGGAAGAGGUUCGCGCGCAGCGACGAGCGGAAAAGGCACGGCCGCGUGCACGUCAAGCAGCAGCUGCGCGCACAGAUGAUGGCCGCCUACUCACUGGCCGUGAACGCGCCUGGCGUCUGAGGAGGAGUUGAAGCUUCAGGAGUUCAACCGACGAAGUCUCGCGGAGGCGUUUGACGUCACGCCGGGGGAGACGACAUGUUCCCGUCUCCCAUCAUGGCGCACCUGGUCGUGGAAGACUGCAGGUGGAUGAUGGCGCGUCAGUGGAAACCGGUGUUUGGGUCUGACCCCAGACCGAGCGCUUCAGCCCCUGAUCUUCACGGUGCUUUCAGCCGCUGUUUAUUGACAAUUCUUCUUCGCUGUCGUGACUCUGCAUGCGUUCACCUGAGAAAAGAACCUGGACUCUGACGGGACACUCUUUCCAGCCACAGAUUUGUUUGUAAAAUAAUCCGAUUUCUGCAUGAGAAUGUGAAAAACAGUGAAUGUUGUGCUACUUUUCUUGUGGAUGGAAAUAUUUUUAUGUACAAAUCGCUCUAUAUUUGACAUCAUGAGAAGUUCUAUGUUUGUAAUAAAUCUCUAUUUUUCUGCAUUGUUUGUCUACCUCGUCACACAGCCUGUUUACACUGACUGUGGGGUUUAAGCCAGAUUUCACUUUUCUAUGAAAAGUGGUUAAUGAGCUUGUUAAUGUGUCCUGAUUCGCGUCAGUGGCGGUUUAAUCAUGGUGGAGGUGCGCCGAUGUGACUGGAGCUGAGCUCUGGACGUCUAUGUGGUUGAGGUUUACUGUUCUCUUGGUCUGCAUGAGGCUGCUGCUGCCAAUAAAAGAACAAAGUGUAACGUUUUGUCUGCCUUUCU